CGCCGGAGCCUCUAGGCCACCGGACACGGACGCCGGAAGUGGCGAAGGCGGGGUCUGCGCUGCCGGGUGAGAUCGUAGGCCAGCGAAGAUGCUGCUGGAGUUGUCUGAGGAGCAUAAGGAGCACCUGGCCUUCCUGCCUCAAGUGGACAGCGCGGUGGUCGCCGAGUUUGGGAGGAUUGCUGUGGAAUUCCUGAGGCGCGGCGCAAACCCAAAAAUCUACGAAGGCGCCGCCAGAAAACUCAAUGUGAGUAGUGACACUGUCCAGCAUGGUGUGGAAGGAUUAACGUAUCUCCUCACUGAGAGCUCAAAGCUCAUGAUUUCUGAACUGGAUUUUCAAGACUCUGUUUUUGUUCUGGGAUUCUCUGAAGAAUUAAACAAAUUGUUGCUUCAGCUUUAUCUGGACAACAGAAAAGAGAUCAGAACUAUUCUCAGUGAAUUGGCACCAAGCCUUCCCAGUUAUCAUAAUCUUGAAUGGCGACUAGAUGUACAGCUUGCAAGUAGAAGUCUCAGGCAACAGAUUAAACCAGCAGUGACUAUAAAGCUACACCUUAGUCAAAAUGGAGAUCACAACACCAAAGUUCUACAAACAGACCCAGCCACCCUGCUCCAUUUGGUUCAACAACUGGAACAAGCAUUGGAAGAGAUGAAGACAAACCACUGUAGGAGAGUUGUUCGCAACAUCAAGUAGUGCCAGUUUUAAGUUAUCAUAUCCUCUGUUGCAGAAGAGUCUGUCCAGCAACCAAAAGGGGAAAUAACACAAAAAAAGAUUUUGCCUUUUCUCACCAACCAUAUGAGACCUUUUAACUUUUUAAAUUUUUUUACUCUGCUCAGUUAACACUGAGCUACAAACUAUCCACUUAUGCAUGGCAUUAUAUUGAUAACAAAACACAUUUUGAAACCUUUUCUGGCUUUUUUACAUGGUACAGAUUCAGUUUUGUUAAAUAGUAAGUGCUUAGAGUGAUCCAUAUUGUGUGUUGAACAAAGGAUAAAGUUCUAAUCUCAGAAUUUAGAAUCGUCUAGGGCCAGUCCAUCUGCUAAAACAGUUUAAUCCAUAAGCUCAUUAGGCUGCAGAAAGGAAUCUCCUGAGAGAGUUAUUCUGAAGAAGGGAAGUUCCUCUGGUCUGGCGUCUGCUAGAAUUGCUUUUCCUUGUAACUCUACCUUCUUCUGGAAGGCAGAAAACUAACAUGAUUCAAUGGCUACAGCUGUAGAAGUGUGCAGAGAAAAGGUUAAAUCAUUAUAGAAUACUGAAGAAUACUUUCACUGAAAUUAUCCUUACUCUUUUUCCAUUGAAGUGGGGUCCCCUGAGGUAACCAGAGGUGUGAUGGGAAAAGCAAAUCAAAUUCUUUUUUACCUGCAUGCCAAUGUUGUGAUUGUCAUAAGUCCAAUGAGAAGUGGAUGCCUGUGGUUUUUUAGGAAUGUGCUUAGUUCACAGAAUCAAAAGGGUUCUCAGUUAACUCAAAGACUAAAAACACACAGAUUAAAAUUCAGAGAAUGAGGAAAAGAAAAUCCAGGGAAGUCUGAGUUUCAUUGGAGCAAGUAUAGAUGGUUAGAAUAUGAUUUCCUGGCAUGGUCUGAAAACUGUAUUCUUUCAUUCCAAAUAAAUAAAUAAAUUCUUACAAUGAUCAAGCAAGUUUAGGUGCUGCACCGUAAUAAAAUGGCUUGAUUUGCAGCUGAGACUUGGCACAAUUCAUAGACUAAAAGAAGAGCUUAAGAAAAGCUGCAGGCAAUUUUUUUUUAGUACCCUGGGGGGGGAAAUGAGCAAUUCCCCAUGUACUUUUCAAAAAGGCAAAAAUUAUUUAUCUCCUGGAAUGAGCAAUGUAAUUAAAACCUUUUUUUCCCCUAUGUUUAGUCUUUCAAGAAUACAAUUACUGGGUAUUCUUUUCUAUACUUGUUUCAUCCACUCUUUGUUUUUGCCAAGAGAUAAAUACUAAAUUUCGUGCCUUUCUUAGGCCCUUAAAACAAUUUAUUUUCAUGCCAAACCUCUCAUUAAGCCUCCUCCCUUUCUUUUAAGAAAUUGUUUUUUAUUGAGAUAUAAUUCACAUAAAAUUUACCCUUUCAAAAUGUACAGUUCAGUGGCUUUUAGGAUGUUCACAAAGUUGUGUAACCAUUAGCACUAUCUGAUUACAGAACAUUUUCAUCAUACCCAAAAGAAACCUGUAAUUAUUAGCAGUCACUCUUCAUUUUCCCCUCUCCUAGCAACCACUAAUCUACUUUCAGUGGAUUUGCCUAUUCUGAAUGUUUCAUAUAAGUUAUUUUAUAACAUAUAACUUAAAUAACUUAAAUUCCUUAUGUUAUAUAAGGAAUUAUAUAACAUAUGUUCUUUUGUGUCUGGCAUCUUUUACUUAGCAUGAUGUUUUCAAGGUUCAUCCAUGUUGUAGCAUGUAUCAGUAUUUCAUAUCCUUUAUGAUUGAAUAAGAUUCCAUUCUGUGGAUACUCCUUUUCACAGUAUUUUAAACAAGCCUUUUUAUUGGUCUUUGUGAUUAUAAUAUGUUGCAGUUUAUUUUAUGUUCAUAAAAGAACUUCUAGCAGAUUUAGUGAUAUAUUUUCUAUAAUUAUGGUUUUUUAUAAUUUUCUUCCCAGUGUGGUGGCUCAGGCUUGUAAUCCCAGCACUUUGGGAGGCCAAGACAGACAGAUCACUUGAGGCAAGGAGUUUGAGACCAGCCUGGCCAACAUGGUGAAACCCUGACUCUACUAAAAAUACAAAAAAUUAGCCGGGUGUGGAGGCAGGCACUUGUAAUCUCAGCUAAUCAGGAAGCUGAGGCAGGAGAAUCUCUUGAACCUGGGAGGCGGCGGUUGCUGUGAGCCGAGAUCACGCCAUUGUACUCCAGCCUGGGCAACAAGAGUGAAACUCAUCUCAAAAAAAAUAAUAGAAUUACCUUCCCAGAUACAAGUUGGAAGCAUCUGAGAGCGACCUCUUCUUAGCUAGUUAUUAGAAGAGUUGUUUUCCAGUGGAUUGUGUUUUGUUUUUAGCCUUAUUCAAAAGUUAUACCAGCUAUGAAGUUAGAUGAAUUCUUGAAGAGAUUUAGCUACAAUCAGCUGUAAAGAAAAUUAGACCAGUUUUACAGUCAGUCUCCAUAUCUCAGUUUCACAUACAUGUAUUCAACUAACCACAGAUCAAAGGUAUUCAGAAAUAUAAAACUAUAACAAUAAAAAUAAUGCAAACACUUUAAAAUGUAGUAUAACAACUAUUUAGAUAUUACAAGUAGUCUAGAGAUGACUUCAAGUAUAGGGAAGGAUGUGCAUAGGUUAUGUGCAAACACAAUGCUCCUUGAUUUAUGAUGGGUUUACCUUUAGAAAUUUUCUUUUUCUUGCUUGCUUUUCUUUUUUUUGAGAAAAUGUCUUGCUCUGUUGCCCAGGCUGGAGUGCAAUGGCAUGAUCUCGGCUCACUGCAACCUCCGCCUCCCUGAUUCAAGCUAUCUGGGAUUACAGGCGUGCACCACCACAUUCGGCUAAUUUUUUGUAUCUUUAAUAGAGACGGGGUUUCUCCAUGUUGGCCAGGCUGGUCUCAAACUCCUGACCUCAGGUGAUCCACCCACCUCAGCCUCCCAAAGUGCUGGGAUUACAAACGUGAGCCACUGUGCCUGGCCCAUCUUUUCAAUAUUUUUCUAUUUAUGAUGAGUUUAUCCAGAUGUAGUCCCCUCGUAAAGACCAUAUUAAAUGUAUGUAUUACCAUCCUAAAGUCAAAAAAUCGCAAGUUGAACAAUUAAAAGUUGAGGACUUUCUGUACUACACCAUUUUAUGUAAGGGACUUGAACAUCCACAGAUUUUGGUAUCUUCAGGAGUCCUGGAACCAAUCCCCUGUGGAUACCAGGGAAAAACUGUAUAUCUUUUUAAUUUUAACUUAAAAUAUUUCCUACUAAAAUGAGAGAUGUUCUGUGGGCAUUUGGCAGAUUUAGAAAAGAUAGGAAAGCAACUAAGGAUUUAUGUCUUCCUAUAGUCAUCUAGUGUUUUUCAAAUUAGAAAGGUAAAAACCAUUAAAAAUUUAUUUGUCUAUAGUGGAAUGGAGAAAAGGGCAUUUGCUGUUCCAUAAGUCCAUGCCUCAGAAUAUUCUAAACUAAUUUUGAAAUAGCCACAUCAGAAGGUCUUUAGGACACUGCUCCCCAGAUGGUGCAGCUGCUUCAGCCACUGACUUCCAAGGUUCAUAAGCUAUUGGAGGAAAUGGAAAGCUACAUAAACAUCAUCAGUUCAGAGUGCGUUAGGCAGAUGAAGAGCUACAACAAAUAAGGACCUCUGCAUUUGUAAGAGAGGGACCCAGCUCUGCAUUUAUAAGAAAGGGACCCAUUAGUUUUCACUAGGGACAUCGAGAAGAUGCUUUUUUUAACUGAUCAUUUUGCUGUUUUGAUUACACCCCAGUUUACAUGUGUGGAAUAUUCUCUUCUAAGUUGGCUGUAGUUCAAUGGGACUAUCAGACAUGGGGCCGUGCUCUCUGCUAUCCAUACUGAGGCUAUAAAUCUCUCCUGGAACUCUGAAAUCCUUGGACUUAAAGAGAAUGGUUGACACAAAUUCAUUUUAGUGGCCUGGCCAGGUGUUUGAUGGCCUGUUACACGGCCUCAUGGAUCUGCUCCUAUUCUUGUCCUUUAUGGAUCAGGUCUUAGGUCUGUCCCUUGAUUCUGCAGAGUACCUAAUGCAUUUCUAGUAAAUUCAUUCUCUGCUUAGGUUAUGGUCUUAGGGUCUAACCCUAAAUGCUAUCGAGUGUAACAAUACAGUUACAUUAAUUUUAUAAAAUUGCUUACAUUAUUACACAAAUGGAAUUUUUUAAAAAUAGCUCCGCAAAUUGUCGUGUAUCUAAAAGUUAUUUUUUUAGGAUAAACAUAUAUAUUGGCUGCAACAAACUUAGAGUUAAGAUCUCAUGGUGUGAGACAAGAUUCAAAAUAUACAACAUUAAUGACCAUUUUUCUUUAAUGCAGUAGUCCUAUUUGCUUUCUAUACCUUCUUCAUCAUAUUUAUAAAUUCUUAUCUCCAUAAAUUAUUUAAAACAUUAAAUAAUCAUCGAAUGAAACAGUACCUAAAAUAGUACGUGGCACAGAGUAGUUAAAUUAAUGAACAAGUGAAUGAGUAAAUAAGAGUGAUGAGUGAAUAGUACAUGCAAUAUACUCUGUGCAUGGGCUGCUGAGCUCUACAGGGGAACAUAAGCAAAACCACAGAGAUUAUCAAGUUUAUACAUUCAUUGUCAUCAAUCUCAAUUAAACCCUUAACACUGGCUGUCUGUUUCCCUAGUCAGCUGUCUCCCGUUUUCAACAACUAUUUCAAAACUUCUCCACUCGCCUUAAACCUCCAGUCCACCCAGCACCCCUUCUCAUUCUUAGUAGAUGACUCUUUUCUUCUUCACGGAACGAACAGAGGUGACCAGACAGGAAUUCUCCCCUCUUUUGGUCACCAAGUUUACAAUUCUCCCUAUUCCCUGCUCUAAUAGUCCUUUUCCUCUCCCAUUCCAGUAGCCAUUCCUCACAUUUCUGGAUCCCAUUCUUUUCUGACACUUUUGUGACUUUUACUUAUUCAUCUUCCUCAUUUCUUAUGUUAAAAAGUGAGUAUUUUUAAGUCUAUUUCAUCUCAAUGUCCUUUGGUUCACAUCCCUGUUCAGUUACCAUACACCUUCCCUAUUCUCUAUUUCAGUAACUCCUUGAAAAAAUUCACCUUCCUUUCCAUACCAACCUUGGUAACAUUUUCAGGAACUUCCAUGUCGCUAAAUCCAAUACAUACUUUUCAGUCCUCAUUUUAAUGUACCCAUCUCCAUCCUUUGUUUUCUUAUUUUCUUUUUUUUCCCUCUAGUAUUCUCCCCUACCCUAUUAUGUUCUUUUUUGUCGCUCUGCUAUUUUGCAUCCUACAACUCUAGCACUGUAUUAUUAUUCUUUGCAGCACUCUCCUCUAUGCUCCUCUUAGUUAUAAGUGUUCCCCAGAGCUUCAUCCUAAGCCAUUUCUCUCCACACAUUUAUGCUAGGUAGUUUGGCUUAUUCCCUAGGCUUUAAUUAACAUCGGUUUGCUGAUAACUAUCAACUGUAGAUGUUUGGCCCAUAUUGCUCUCCUGAGUUUGAGACAGAUGUACUUACUACAUAUCUGCACUUAAAUGUCCGACAGGUACUUCAUACUCAAAAUAAACAAAAUUCGGCAGAAGUGUCCUUCUUUCCU